UUACUUAAAAAAAAAAAAAAAACAGUAUACAGUGUUUAAUUUUCUUCUCUAAGCUGAUUAGAGGCCCAUGCCUUUUAGUGUGUGUUGAUGUCAUAAUCCAUGUUUAGUUGGAACCAUAGUUUGACGUGACGUCGGUUUUUAAUCAUUUUUCAACACACACCUCCAUGAAUCGGUCGGUAGACUGUGACCUCCUCGCAAGGAUAGUGCUAUUGCAUUGGAAUAUAAUUGCCACAAACGAUAAGGCCCAAGAAUCAAUUGAAAGAUUCUAGGAAAAUAUCUUAUUCACGGUAGGUGGUACCUAUCAUUUUAAUUGCCCCAUAAUUAGACUAUAUACCUUAUUCUUACUAGAUUAAGAUUUUCCAUAGACCUCAAGUCUUAGAAUGCAUAAAGGAAACGAUUUCUUUUGGCUUAAUUCUAUCACUGCUAGGGUGUAUUUGAUCCUAUAGACUCGGUUAUGAACACUAAGCUCUAUACCUGAACAUAAAGUCUCAAUUGUAGCCCUUUGCUUUAAGAAAUUUCUGUCCAGCUUGAUGAUUUUUAAUCCAGAUUGGACCAAGUUUCAUAAAGUUCUAUAUAAUCUCGUGAAAAAACCAGUUUGAAUGAAGAUUAGGCCUGCCCUGUGGUGCCCCUUAGUUGUCAACUAAUUGUGCACAAACACCACUUCCUCCUUCAAAAGCCCAGUGAAAAGCAUACACAGUUGAAAGAAAUGGUCAAAUUCACUUUUUAAUGGGGGAAGAGUUCAGAAAGCAGUUCAAAGAAAAGAAUCCCAACAACAAAUCAGUUUCUGUUGUAGGCAAAGCUGGUGGUGUCAAAUGGAAGUCAAUGUCUGAUGCUGAGAAAGCACCCUAUGUAUCCAAGGCAGACAAGCGGAAGAAGGAUUACAAAAAGAACAUGGACGCCUAUAACAAGAAAUUGGCUCAAGGUACAAAUGCAUCUGAGGAUAAAAAUGAGGAGUCUGACAAGUCCAGGUCUGAAGCCAAUGAUGAGGAUGAUGAAGGAUCGGAGGGCAGUGGAGAGGUGGAAGAUAGCGAGUACUUUUGGUGGAUUCUGUAUGAUUGGCGGGCACUUUUGGUGUUUGGUGGCUUCCUAUCCCUUGCUCUUGUUACUGCAUUUUGAUGGAUUCUGGUGACAAGUAUGGACACUUUUGGUGUUUGGUGGCUUCUAUGUUAAUCCCUUGCUCUUGUUACUGCAUUUUGAUGGAUUCUGGUGACAAGUAUAUUGCCCCUGCCCUUUCAUUUUGUUUUGCCGGCCAAUUUUAUGGUAUAGUUGACAAAAUUUGUGGAGCAAGCUGACCGUUCACUUGGUUUGAAUGAAGCUCUUAGAUUGUGGGAAAAAAAAAGAGUUCAUGUAUGCUUUUAGUACUAUUCCUUAAAAGGCCUUCUGCAAUGGGUUUUUGUAGUCGUUGAAUGAGUUAAAAGUCACAUAGGAAAAUCAUUGCAAUCGGUACAAAGUCAUAGGAAAAUAAUUGCUUCAAUGUACUAUUCAUUUCUUCUCUUUUCUUUCUGAAAAUAUCUGUAGGACUUCUGAAGUCAACUUCAUGAUGAUACGGGCUUUUGAAAUUAACUUCAUUAUGAUACCUGAUAAAA